AUGAGCUCCACUACCGAGCCUAAGAAGCUUCACAUAGCUUUGUUCCCAUGGCUGGCAUUUGGUCACAUAAUUCCAUUUCUUGAGGUUGCCAAGCAUAUAGCUCGAAGAGGUCACAAGGGCAUUUCUGAAUUCCUACGGACUCAAAUUCCGGAUUGGAUUAUUUAUGACUUCGCCUCUUACUGGCUACCACCAAUAGCUAUCGAGCUCGGCAUUUCUCGAGCCUUUUUCAAUAUUUCCAACGCGGCCACUCAAUGUUUCUUUGGACCAACAUCACCGGAUCUAAUAUCUCGCUACGGUCAUAGAACACAGCCGGAGGACCUCACCGGCCUUCCGGUCUGGAUUCCUUUUCCUUCAAAAAUCGCAUAUAGGCUUUUUGAGGCCAAGAGAUUGUUCAAUAUUGCUGCAAAUAAGCCGAAUACUUCUGCUGCAGAAGCUAUAGAGGCGUUACAGAAUCGGAUCGUAUACGUACAGUCAGCUGUUGAAGGCUAG